GAGCGCUUACCCAAUCGCCUUUCAUUGCUCACGUGCUCUCAACUAUGUAGGCUGACCUCAGUUUAUGAGCGUACCAAAUUUAUUUGAAAUCCUGUUGUUGAUUUUUAAGUAUUUUUAUGGUUUGAACUAAAUGGCCCAUUUUGCAUGUAUACGGUGUCGCAAGAUCACUUCACUUAUUUUCAUUUAACUGCAGUUUUGAGGGAAAAGAAUAGCGCUCGACCCGGUGGCAUGAAAAGCAACAAAGGAACAGUGAUUUCCUUCCUUCUCUGGUGUGAUCGACUUUUCCACGGAGGACUGCUCGCACCAUCAAGCAACAGGUAGUCAGUCCUUUUAGGGUUUAAACCUGAAAAGCCGACCUGCAGUGACUGCGGGCCGGAGGCCACCAUGGCAAGCGCUGAAGAUGCAAAUGGGAAAGUGAAUUUAUUAGAGGAUAACCGAAUAGACUCUGGUGUUGAAUCGUUCCAAUAUUUUACGAAAGAUGAUCCCUAUAACAAACCCGUACAGGAUUCGACUUCUGAAUCCAGUGAAGCCAGGGACAAAUGUAGCAGCAACACAGAGGAGCGGUUGGAUUCUGCUUAUGGCUCGUCGUCACUAACUGUUGAGAAUUUCAGUGAGAUAUUAAUAGAGGGCUGCAACAUUUCGGAGUCUGAAGAUGACAGUGCGAAGAAUACAGAAUUGGAACAUAAAGAGAACCUUCUCACCAACAUCACUGAAGAUGGAGACACACUCCUGCAUUUAGCCAUCAUCCAUGAAGAUGAACACUUCGCUCACCAAUUGAUACAGCUGUUCCCCAAAGAUGUCUUAGACAUUCAGAACAACUUGUACCAGACGCCGCUACACCUAGCCACCUACCUGAAUCUUUCGUCGGUGGUGCGGGACCUGGUGGAGAGCGGGGCCAGCCUGGAGCUGCAGGACCAGGAGGGGAACACGCCACUCCACAUGGCCUGCGAACAGGGCUGGGUUGAGUGCGCUACUGAGAUGAUCCGGAAUGUCUCCUCCAGCAAGCUGGCCCCUGUGCUCGAGUCCCAGAACUGGAGAGGUCUUACCUCUCUCCACCUAGCCACUGUGAACAGGCAGCAUCGUCUGAUGAAGCUACUGAUGAAAAAAGGGGCAGACCUCAACAUCCAGGAAGGUACGAGCGGUAAAACACCUCUCCAUAUGGCAGUGGAGCUCCAUGAUAUUGUCUCUAUGACGCUGCUAUUGAACAAGGGAGCCGAUGUGGACGUCCCGAUGUUUAACGGCUGCACACCACUUCACCUCGCCGUUGGCCGGCAGGACGCAGCCAUCGCCAACCUGCUCUGCCAAUCCGGGGCUGAUAAGAUGCUGAGGAACAUAGAGGAUGAGACGGCACUGGAUCUAGCUGGCGGCAAUGAUGAUAUCAUUGCUCUUUUCCCUUUUGAUGACAUCCAAAUCCAGGGCAGGUCAGUGGUUAGAGUACCAUUCUGACCGUGUACUUCUCUCACCACCUGAAUACUCUACAACAGGUGACAUUUGACCUCUUGAACAUCAUCAUGGAGCCUUGUCAGAAAAGUGUAGCUUUACAUCAAUCAUGUUUGUAAUUUGCUGUUUUAAAUGUGAUUUUUAAUUUACAUAAAUCUUUGCUGUAGGGUUAUUUAUCGUUGUUGUGUGGUGUGUGUGUGUGUGUGUGUGUAUGUAUAUGUCAGUGUGUGAACUCUUUAGACACUCACGUUGAAAAGUUAAUCUCUGCUAGCAAAGUGGUACAAGGGUGUCUGUCAUAUAAUUUGAUGGUUGAUAACUGUUUUCAAAUGCAGGAAAAUCUCAUGUAGACUUAAAUGAAACAUUCUCUCAUACAAGGUAACUGAUUUACUACCAAAACCUAGUGUAUGAAUAUGAGCAGAAAUAAUGAAAUUAAAAUGUUUCAUUUCCCUAUAAAGUACACAGGGAAUCUACCUCCUUUAUCACAUGUGUAUAAUAACUGAUUAUAGUGGGAAAUGUAGUUUCAACACAGAAAAUACAUUGCUGUCAUGCUAUAAUUGAACAUUGUUUCAGCUUAAAUGUUUUUCAAUUAUACUUUAGUCACUAAAUCUGUUAUGGAGAGAAGUUCUUCAUCAUAAUUUAAUAUCUUUCAUUGUAUGUUUCAGUUCUCGGUUUCUGCUUUGAAUGCAUUUUCUUUCCGCUAUUGGUAAGACACAAUCAUAACAGCUGUAUUUUCAAUACAGUAAAAUCUUCCCUAUUUUACCAUUUUUCUCAUUGUUCUCAAUCUCCGAUAUAUCAGGUAUGAUCCUUGUUAUGGUGUACUGAGUCAGACUGGCUUGUUUAGAUGUUUUGCCUACACUUUCAAACUCUUAUAUUUUGUAAUAAAAUAAAUAAGAUUAUAGCUUCACUCUUUUUUUGGGGGAGGGGGUCAUUUUCAAACCUAUCUUUGGAGUUUUUAAUUGAAGUGUGUCAUUAAUUGUUUAUAGUACUGUAUAUGCACAUCUGUCUGAGCAGGGAGGAUAAUACAUAAAGGAUGGCAUUUGGAAUUAAGGAUUUAAGCAAUUAUGUAGAUUAUAUACUGUGGACUAGAUGUUUUACAUUUACAUUUAAGUCAUUUAGCAGACGCUCUUAUCCAGAGCGACUUACAAAUUGGUUUUGUGGCGAAGAAUCUGGUUGAACAAUACUCACAUUUUAAUCCAAGUUGUUAGCAGGCUAUUGCUGACUCAACAUGUAUAGCAAAUCCAUCCAAUAACUUGUUCUAAACAUUGUAGGAUGCUGACUUGGGAGAACAAAGCCUCAUUGAUAACUACAAAACUCCUUAUUUCUCAUUUUCCUGUCAGCUGCUUUUGGUAAAACAUUAUUUGCCUGUUGCUUGAUUCUUCCUGAUAACCCUCUUUAGUACAAUACGUCUGUAAAUUCCACUCACCCAGAUCACUUUGUCUAUUCUCUGUAUACUCUGUCUGCCCAUAAUGAGUAUUCAGUCACAGGCUCAAGGUGAGACUGGGACCAGAGAAUAAAGAAGCCUUUCAAUGAG